AUGUACCGGCUCCUGUCAACCGUGACUGCUCGGGCCGGGUUGAGGGGCGCGGCGCCCGCGCAGCCCCCCGCGGCCCCCGACCCUGAGGCGUCGCCUGAGGCCGAGUCGUCGCAGGAGGUUGAGGGGAGGUUGAGGGGCGCGGCGCCCGCGCAGCCCCCCGCGGCCCCCGACCCUGAGGCGUCGCCUGAGGCCGAGUCGUCGCAGGAGCAGCCCCUCGCCCUGAGGUCUCCGCAGACCCCGGCGCCGCCACCCUCCAGGUGUUUCGCCAGAGCCAUCGAGAGCAGCCGCGACCUGCUCCACAGGAUCAAGGAUGAGGUGGGCGCACCGGGCAUAGUGGUUGGAGUUUCUGUAGAUGGAAAAGAAGUCUGGUCAGAAGGUUUAGGUUAUGCUGAUGUUGAGAACCGAGUGCCUUGUAAGCCAGAGACAGUUAUGAGAAUUGCCAGCAUCAGCAAAAGCCUCACAAUGGUUGCUCUUGCCAAAUUGUGGGAAGCAGGGAAACUGGAUCUUGAUAUUCCAGUACAACAUUAUGUUCCUGAAUUCCCAGAAAAAGAAUAUGAAGGUGAAAAGGUUUCUGUCACAACAAGGUUAUUGAUUUCCCAUUUGAGUGGAAUUCGUCAUUAUGAAAAAGACGUGAAAAAGGUGAAAGAAGAGAAAGCUUAUAAAGCCUUGAAGAUGAUGAAGGGGACGAUGGAAUCUGACCAAGAAAAAGAGUUGAAAGAAAAAGGAGGCAAAAAUAAUGAAAAGAAUGACUCUGCUAAAGCUAAGACAGAGCAGGAUAAUGAAGCCAAAUGCCGGAAUUCCAAACCUGGCAAGAAAAAGAAUGAUUUUGAACAAGGCGAAUUAUAUUUGAAAGAAAAGUUUGAAAAUUCAAUUGAUUCCCUAAGAUUAUUUAAAAAUGAUCCUUUGUUCUUUAAACCUGGUAGUCAGUUUUUGUAUUCAACUUUUGGCUAUACCCUACUGGCAGCCAUAGUAGAAAGAGCUUCAGGAUAUAAAUAUUUGGACUAUAUGCAGAAAAUAUUCCAGGACUUGGAUAUGCUGACAACUGUGCAGGAAGAAAAUGAGCCAGUGAUUUACAAUAGAGCAAGGUAA